AACUGGAAGUGCUCAGGGCUUAAUUCUGGCUCUGUAAUCAGGGAUCAAUGCUGGUGGGACUCUGGACUAUAUGAGUUGCCAGGAUUGAACCCAGGUGCCAUGGGGAAGCGUUACUUCUGUGACUACUGCAACCGCUCCUUCCAGGACACCCUCCACAACCGCAAGAAGCACUUGAACGGGCUGCAGCACCUCAAGGCCAAGAAGGUCUGGUAUGACAUGUUUCGAGACACUGCUGCCAUCUUGCUGGACGAGCAGAACAAGCGGCCCUGCAGGAAGUUUUUGCAGAUGGGCCAGUGCGACUUUGGCUCCAACUGUAGAUUUUCACACCUGUCUGAGUGGGACCUGCAGGAGCUAAGCAUGCAGGUGGAGGAGGAAAGGCGGGCCAGGGAGUGGCCUCUGGAUGUUGCUGAGCCCCUCAACGGCAGUCUUGAGGACUGGCUGGAGAAGAGAACUAAGCAGCUGAGCUCAGCUCCAAGCAGCAGGGUGGAACCCAUCAGAGCCACUGUUUUCCAGUACCCUGUGGGCUGGCCACCUGUCCAGGAGCUGCCACCAUCCCUGCGGGCACCCCCACCAGGAGGGUGGCUCCCACAGCCCAACGUCCAGUGGGGCUAAGGCCCUGGAUCCCACCUGGCACCCACUGUUGAGUCACUACAGCUCAGGGCUCUACGUGAGGAGCCAGCCUCCUUUUGUGCCCCAUCACCUCAUCAAAGGCUCAGGAAGCCGCCAUCUUGCUCCUGGUAGCUUUACUCUUGGGACAGCCUGAAAAGAUUGGGGAGCACUUCUUUGGGAAAACCUAUAAAGAAAGUCUGUUUCCA